AUGGACGCCAAGACACCGAUGCUUCGAGGCGCCCCAGCCUCUUCAGGAGGAGGAGGCGGCGGCGGCGGCCAGCACUCGAUCACCGUGCCCACCACCGUCCGCCUGACGCCCCCGGAGCGGACCGGCGCCUCCGCCGUCUGGGGCUGGCUGGCGGACAACCUCCUCCUCAUGCUGACCAUCCUCUCCGUCGUCUUCGGCCUCGUGCUCGGCUGUCUGCUCAGAUACAUCAGCUACGACGACGAGUUCGUCAUGCUGAUCGGCUUCCCCGGCGACCUGCUGAUGCGAAUGCUCAAGAUGCUCAUCAUCCCGCUGAUCGUCAGCUCGAUGAUCGCCGGCCUCGCCCAGCUCGAUGCCGCCUCCAGCGGGCGGAUGGGCCGUCGGGCCAUUCUCUACUACUUCGGCACCACCCUACUGGCCGCCGUCCUCGGCAUCAUCCUCGUCAUACUGAUCCACCCGGGCAACCCGCGCAUCAAGGCGGAGGCGAUGAAGGCGGUGAAGGCCAGUGAGACGAGGGUCAGCACGCUGGACGCCAUGCUCGACCUGAUACGGAACAUGUUCCCGGAGAACCUCCUCCAGGCGGCCUUCAGCCAGGUGAAGACGGAGUUCGUGCCCGGCGACCGCCUCAACUUCACCGACCCCCGCUACGCCCCCCGGGACCUGAACUGGGACCGCGUGCUGAACGUCACCGACCCCAUAACCAACAUCACCGAGUACCACAAGGCAGUGCGUUCCUUUCCCUACAAGGACGGCUCCAACGUCCUCGGGCUGAUUGUCUUCUGCACCGCCUUCGGCAUCAUCUGCGGCCAGCUCGGCCAGGAGGCGGACACGAUGAUCCGCUUCUUCGUCAUCCUCAAUGAGAUCAUCAUGCGCAUCGUGGUCAUCUGCAUGUGGUACUCGCCGAUUGGCAUCGCCUCGCUGAUCAUCGCCAAGAUACUGGCCAUCGCGGACAUGUACACGGUGGCGCAGCAGCUCGGCCUGUACAUGCUCACCGUCAUCACGGGGCUGAUCAUCCACGCGGUGGUCACCCUGCCGGGCAUCUACUUUCUCGUCACGCGGAAGAACCCCCUUACCUUCUUCAAGGGCAUGCUCCAGGCGUGGGUGACGGCGCUGGGCACCGCCUCCUCCGCCGCCACCCUGCCCAUCACCUUUCGCUGUCUGGAGGAGAAUCUGCACAUUGACAAGCGG